UUCUAUUCUAUUAUUGUAUUAUCAGACAAUAGGUUAGGGUUUUUUUCUUUUCUUUUCUUAUUAUUAACGUUAUAUAGAAUAUUUCUGAUUUAUCUUUUUAAGAUUAGCUGAGGUAAAUAUACUCCCCUUAUUCUUAUCGCCAUUUAGUGGAUCCAAAAAUAGUCUGAAAUCUCCCACGCUGGAUCUGGUGGAGUCAUUUAUAGCUAAUUGAUUGAUUGAUUCACUGCUGUGAGGGUUCGGUUGUAUUUCUAUCUUUGGCUGCAGGUCUAUGUUUAGCCUCAGAAGAACACCCUCCACCCCCGCACUGCCGCCACCACCGCCCACCCACCGACGACCAGCUGAUCUUUGUUGCACGUAAAGCGCCGUCGUGUCGUGGCCCCGCCCCGCUUCCUAUGGAGGAUUUAUUUAUUUUCUCCGCCGUCUCCUCCUCCUCCGCCGCCACCGCCGCUGCUGCUGCUGCGUCCAUAAUCACCGAGACGAAACGAAGAAGGCACAGCGGGACAACGAGACGACUGCAGGCCGAGAGGACCGCCUCGGGGGAGCGGAGGAUGAGAGCCGUCCGCGAAACGCAGAGCCGACCGGAGCCGCCGCCGCUGAGCACCGGAGAAGGCAACAUGAGCAGGGACUAAACAGCGGCUCUCGGUCAGGAUGUCUGGAGCGGCCGGACCUGCACCGCCCACUGGGGCCGGACCGGAGCUGCCGGACCUGAGCCAUCUGACCGAGGAGGAGCGGAGGAUCAUCCUCUCCGUGAUGGAACGACAGAAGAAAGAGGAGGAGAAGGAGCAGAGCAUGCUAAAGGAUGAGGAGGAAGUAAAACUUCCCCCAGCUUCGUGGAAUCCAUUCUCAGGGUUCAGUCAGUUGGUCAAUAAUGUUGCAGCCAAUGUGUCCGAAGUUCUGCAGGUUAAAAGUCCGACUGACAACGAGUCGCAGACGAAGUUACAUCAACAGUUUGAAAUGUAUAAAGACCAGGUGAAGAAGCUGGGGGAGGAGCCUCCUGCGGCUCAGACGGCGAGGGCGGAGUCCCCCACCUGCGGCGUCUGUCACAAAACCAAGUUUGCUGAUGGCUGCGGCCGAGCCUGCUGCUACUGUCAAAGUCGCUUCUGCGCCCGCUGCGGUGGGCGUGUCCCUCUAAGAGCUAAUAAGGUGAUGUGGGUGUGCAACGUGUGCAGGAAGCAGCAGGAGAUCCUCACCCGCUCGGGUGAAUUUUACCCUAACGCGUCGCCUCCUCACGCAACAAUGCAGGGAGCAUCAGGGGCCAUGGGGCUUCUGAGUAAUGGAGCUACAGAACAGAGGCGAAGCCCCUCGGCAUAUUACGAUGGUGGUGGCAGGAUGCCUCGCUCGCCUUCUGACCAUGGUCUGGAUCGACGCACCCGCUCUAUGCACAGUUACUAUGGCAAUGGCGAGGAGGAGCUACACGUCCAGAGGCGACCGAUCAAAGACAGGCGAGGCCGCUGGCACUCACAGGACCACCCCUUUGACCAGGUUCUGGUGGACCGUGAGCUGCGACGGCGGCAGGAGGAGGAGUUUCAGGCUCGCUACCGAAGUGACCCCAAUCUGGCUCGAUAUCCAGUGAAGCCGCAGCCGAGCGAGGAGACCAUGAGGAUGUUGGCUCAGGUCGGCAGGGUCCGCCACCAGCGUCGGCACAGCGACGUCUCCCUGGCUGCCGCAGAACCUGAACACCUCAACCUGAGACAUACAGCAUCCCACCAGAAUUGGCCUCAGGGACUAAUUGGGUCUGUAGGUCAGAGGUCGUUCUCGGUUGACAGGGCUCCCAAUCACCUCAGCCCCACAUCUCCUCGACGCAGCCCGCUGCCACAGCAGCUUCUGGACCCAAGCUCCGCCCUGAAGAGGAAACCAACCAAUGAGAGCAUGGCGCAGAGGGGGAGGAUGAUGGGAAAAAUGCGCGUGAUUGGUAGCUUCAGCAGUUCAGAGGAGGAGCUGUUGACCACACCUGAAUACACGAGCUGUGAUGAGCCUGACAGAGACAUGGAGAGCCAAUGGUGGGAUCAUGGUACCUGGCACGGCGAGCCUGCACCUAUGUCUAUGCAGCCGGUCACGUGGCAGCCAUCCAAAGAUGGUGAGCGUCUGAUUGGUCGAAUCGUCCUGAACAAAAGAAUGAAAGAUGGGACGGUUCCUGCAGACACCGGAGCCCUGCUGGGACUCAAGGUUGUCGGCGGGAAAAUGACUGAGUCUGGCCGUCUGUGUGCAUUUAUCACCAAAGUGAAGAGAGGAAGUCUUGCAGACACUGUUGGACAUCUGAGACCAGGUGAUCAGGUUCUGGAGUGGAAUGGUCGUGUUCUUCAGGGAGCCACGUUCAAUGAGGUCUACGACAUCAUCAUGGAAUCCAAACCAGAACCACAGGUGGAGUUGGUGGUUUGCCGACCAAUUCGCAGAGAUGUUUCAAGAGCAGCUGAUGCCUCCAGUGUUCACCUGGACUCCAGUUCCAGUUCCUUCGACUCUCAGAAGGUCGGCCCAUCCAUCUCCGUCACCUCUCCAAUGAGCCCCAGUGUUAUGUCGGGACAAGUCUCUACUGCUAACAGGCAUCCUCUGGUUCCCAGGAUUCAGAUCAAGCUCUGGUAUGACAAGGUUGGUCAUCAGCUGAUCGUCACGGUCCUUGGAGCCAAAGAACUUCCUGUUCGGGAUGAUGGACGACCACGGAACCCAUAUGUCAAGAUCUACUUUCUGCCGGACAGAAGUGAUAAAAGUAAACGCAGGACAAAGACGGUGAAGAAGUCUGUGGAACCACGCUGGAAUCAGACCUUCAUGUAUUCCCCAGUGCACCGGCGUGAGUUCAGAGAACGGAUGUUGGAGCUCACCGUCUGGGACCAGGCCAGAGUCCGAGAAGAGGAAAGCCAAUUUCUGGGAGAGGUCCUGAUAGAGCUGGAGUCGGCGCUGCUGGACGAUCAGCCUCACUGGUACAAGCUGCAGCUUCAUGAUGUUUCCUCUGUGCCGCUGCCCAACGCCUCCCCCUACCUGCAAAGGAGGGAGCUGCAGACGGAGCCCUCCCAGAGCAGCAGGAGGCUUCAGAAUAAAGGUCCUUACUUUAACUCAGGAUCUCAGCGGAUCAGUGACAGCGAGUUUUCAGAUUACGACUGUGAAGAUGGCAUUGGCGUAAUCUCAGAUUACAGACAAAAUGGGCGGGACUUCCACAGCUCCACCCUCUCAGUGCCAGAACAGGUGAUAUCAUCCAAUCACUGCUCCCGAUCUGAGAUGGUCAGGAGGUCACGAUCGCCGAGCCAACCUCCUCCACAAAGUGGUAACCCUCUGUAUCCGUUGUACCGGGAAGAUGCGGUGCGGCUGCUGCGAGGCUCCAAGCUGAGUCGAGCGUACUCUGACGCCACUCAGUAUAGCAGCCUCGACAGGCGACACCUAAGGAGAAUGUCUGUGGCCAACUCUCUCGAUUCCUAUGACAGAUACUUUAACGGUCCACAACAUACCUGGACAAACCAUGUAAUGAAUGGGAGUUGUGAGGAUUACAGUCAGGACUUCAUCCCAGACUUUCCCUAUGAGCCAGAUGCUUAUGAUGAGGAGCUGCUGAGGGCGAAUGCUCACGGCGGAUCCAAUAUGACGAGUCCGACCGGAACGGCGGUCUUUCCCCGCCGAGGACGCCAGCUUCCCAUUGUCCCGCCAAAGGGAGCUCUGGACCGAAGUGGAGAACCUUUUGACUGUGUACAGACAGUUUUGGCCACACCAACCACAGGAGCACCAUUAACAGUUACAGCCCCACCCACUGCCCCUCAUGAAGUCCCUCCCCCCAUACAAAAACAGGCCCCUUCUCUAGUCAAUAACCAACCACCUCCCGUGAUACGAAUUCAGGGACCACCAGCUCAUCCACCUCCAUCUAACCUUAUGCAUCCAGCUCCUAAACCUGGACCCCCACCUGUAUGUGCACCUGUGCCUGCACCCACACCUGGUCCUCUACCUGCACCCAGACCUCAGCCUGCACCUCCCCCUGCACCCACAGCCACACCAACACCUACAACACCUAUACCUGCCCCUGUUUCCAUCUCCACACCUGCACCUACCCCGGCUCCGCCUCCUACCCCUGUUCACCCCCCUCCUCCUCUUGUUCAACCACAGCCAGUUCCUAAAUCCACUUUGCCCCCUACACCUGAACCAAAACCUGCCCCAACACCAACCCCUGCCCCUUCACCGGCAUCCUCACCAGCCCCACACCCUCAGACUCCAGAUCCAGAGAGACGCUCAGCUACACCUGGCGGGACCAGAAAAGAGGUCACAUGGGAGGAUCAACAGAAGAAAACACCCAAUGGAGAUGUGUUGCCAUCAAGUGGAGAAGGUGUGAUGAAGGACCCCACUAAGAUGAGGGACAGUCUAUCCUUUAAAUCAUCAGACAGCGACGUCAGCGACGUUUCGGCCAUGUCCAACGCAUCUGAAACCAGAACCGCCCUCAAGAUCAGUAAGACUGAGUCUAUGGAGGGCCUGUCAGUGGACUUGGGUGGAGAAUCAGAGGGGGCACAGGAAGUAGAAGGAGCAGCAGAGAGCGACACAACGCUUCACAAGAGCGAAUCGGUGGAGGAGGGACUAGAGGAGGAGGCUGAGUCUGCAAAGCCAGCAUCUAUCUCUGGUGCACCCCUCACAAAAUCCUCUAGUGUCGGUGGAGAGAUUUGCUCAUUAGGAAGAAAUGACGACGAUGAUGAUGACAAGAAGCGACGCUCUAGCUUCGGAGCGAGGAUGAUGGGAAUGGUCGGACUGGGAAAAAAGAGCCAGAGCGCAUCCCAGCUCAAUCCAGACGAGGAGGAGAAGAAGAAGAAGGUGAUAAGACUUCCUGUCCAGAGGAGUGUAGAAACUGGUUUGGCCAUCGAGUUUAAAUCUCGAUUCACCCGGCAGCCGAGUCGGGAUCCAGAUGCCGAGGACCCCAAACCCGGAGCUCUGAUAUUUCCAGGAGUGAAGUUGGCAUCAGAUAAGCAGUUCACAGGCUUCCUGGAGGGAUUAGGUCCCGGCCAAUUGGCUGGACGGCAGACUUUGGCCACACCUCCCAUGGGGGACAUCCAGAUCGGGAUGGUCUACAGGAAGGAACGGCUGGACGUGGAGGUGAUUCGAGCCCGGGGCCUUGUUGGUAAACAGGGCAACAAGAACACUCCAGCUCCCUAUGUGAAGGUGUAUUUAAUGGAUAAUGGGAAGUGUGUGCUGAAGAGAAGAACGCGUCUGGCAAGAAAAACUCUGGAUCCACUUUAUCAGCAACAGCUACAGUUUGAAGAUAAUCCUGAAGGAAAAGUGCUACAGAUCAUCGUCUGGGGCGACUAUGGACGAAUGGACCAUAAAUCCUUCAUGGGCGCUGCUCAAAUCCUGUUGGAUGAUUUGGACCUGUCUAACAUGGUAAUUGGCUGGUUUAAACUGUUUCCUGCCACUUCAUUGGUGGACCCGGCAUUGGCCCCACUAACUAACAAGGAGACUGAAGCCACCAAAUCGUAGCAUCAGGAGAGGGGAUCGACUGUGUCGUCGCCUUAAACGGGCCAUGAGCGAGCAGGAGGGGACAAAUGGUCGAUGGGUCCAGUGAUCCUCCUGUGCUCCUGCAUGCUGCAUGAUGAUGUCACAUUGAUGACGUACCAGUGCCAUGAAGAUGUCAUUGGGCGGAGGGAGGCUCCACCCCUCAACAAGGAGAGGGCGGGACCGGCUCGGCAAAAGAUGCUUUGAGAAAAGAGGCCAAAAGACUUCAUGCUGCCAGCCAAUCGCAGCAGCUCCUCUGAGUCAUGUGACAUUAGGGAGCUAGAUACUGUCGCCUUAGUUUCCAUGGAGAUGCAGGAACAUGGAGGUCUGCUGCUGUAUGUUUUUGCAUGGAACAACAAAAAGAUUAGAGGGGGGAAAAAAACGUCUCAAACAUCAGCAGAAAAAAAGAAAAUGACACAACAACAUGGGAAUGUCGCCUAAAAACUGGAAAAUAGUUGUUCUGUUCCAUCAUUUAUGAUUUUGUAAGAUAUCCCUGACAUAGAUCUGUUUCCGCCUGUGUCAAAAACAACUCUUUCAUUUUUCAGAGAUUACAUAAUGUGACUUUAGAUCCAUGAAGGUUCUCUAAAACAUUGUCAGUCCUGUAAAGUUAAAUGUUCUGCUGCUAUGCCUGCUACAGCCUUGUUUAAAAAAAACUGGGAUGCUGUAUAAAAUGUAAAUAAAUACCGAAUGCAAUGAUUUGCAAAUCAUUUAAACCAUA